ACACACACACACACACACACACACACAAUUACUCACCAUAUCAUGCGAUAACUGAAGAAAAAAGGCUUCAAAACAGUAACCAUGUCUGUGAUUCUUUGCACAGCGGGCUACGAUCACACAAUCAGAUUCUGGGAGGCCCUCUCCGGCAUCUGUUCGCGCACGAUCCAACACCCCGAUUCUCAGGUCAAUCGUCUCUGCAUCUCCCCCGACAAGCGCUUCCUUGCCGCCGCAGGCCACCACACGGUCAAGCUCUACGACAUCAAGUCGACAAAUCCGAACCCGCUGUUGACAUUCGAGGGCCACACGGGCAAUAUCACCGGCGUUGCCUUCCAUUGCGAGGGCAAGUGGAUGGUCACCAGCUCCGAGGACGGAACCGUCAAGAUUUGGGAGACGCGUAGCGGCCAGGUCCAGCGUAGCUACAACCACGGCUGUCCCGCCAACGAUGUCGUGAUCCACCCAAACCAAGGCGAGAUAAUUAGCUGCGACCGCCAGGGAAGCGUCCGUGUCUGGGAUCUGGCCGAGAACAACUGCUCGCACCAACUGAUCCCCGAAGAGGACGUCUCCGUCUCGAGCGUCACGGUCGCCAGCGAUGGUUCUCUGCUAUGCGCUGCUAACAAUGGAGGAAACGUUUUUGUGUGGCAGCUGAUACAAGCCUACGAUCGGACACAGCUCCUCCCCGUGACGCACUUCAACGCGCACAAGGAGUACAUCACGCGCAUUCUUCUCUCGCCCGACGUCAAGAAGCUCGCGACCUGCAGUGCCGACCAUACCGCUCGCAUCUGGGAGGUGAAGGACCUCGAACCCGCCGCCGACCAGGAGCCGAAGCCGUUCCCGCUUGAGGCGACCCUCACGGGCCACCAGCGCUGGGUAUGGGACUGUGCAUUCAGUGCCGACUCGGCCUACUUGGUGACGGCCUGCUCCGAUCACUACGCCCGGCUAUGGGAACUUCACAGCCAGCAGAUCAUCCGCCAGUACAACGGUCACCACAGAGGCGCCGUCUGCGUCGCUCUGAACGACUACUCAGAAUCCGCUAGAUAAGGAGUGUUGAGUGAUUUCCGGGGUGGCAUUCGUGUUGGUAAGUUUCCUUGGUCUACAGUAGGACCUCAUUGGGCGUGCUGCAUUUUCUUCAACUUUGGGACUUGGGGGACUUGGUUUGGCGGGGCGUCUGGAACCAUUGUUUGUAUCACAUCAACAUAUGAGCUGCGGCUA